UUCAUCCAACACCAGACAUCUGUGUUGGAACUGACCUACAGACAUCUGUGUUGGAACUGAGCUACAAGAUGAAGUUGGCCGCUAGCAGUUGUCUCAGCAAGUGGAAUGUACUUCUGGCCUGGCCUGCGUUUGUCCUCUACGUCGUUGGGUUUGCCUCACCCUACUGGCUGGCCAAGGAGUUCCUUCUACCCCCUCAACCACCAGCCCUCCCGAAUCCGCUGCCAGUGAAGGCCAACAUGGGCCUGUACACCGCAUGCCAGGAGGUGUCGUACCCCACACCUAACGGCACCUCAGUGGUCAACGAUUGCAGCUCUGAUGGAGCGGCUGACUGGCAGUACAUCUCUGUGGGGCUGGCCAUUGGGGGCCUGGCCCUGACGGCGCUAGCUCUGCUCCUGGCCUGUCUUCACGUCUGCAACAGAAAGUGUACAGGGAGCCGUGGAAUCAAAUGGGCCGUCACAAUCUGCAACCUCGGCAGUUGUGGAAUGAUCACAGCGCCACUCGUCAUGUACGCCACCAACCGGAAAUUCCAGGUCAAGCCGCCCCUGCCCUACGAGUACGACUUUGAGUUUGCUUGGGCAUACCACGUGACCACGGCAUGUGCUUGCUUGCUGGCCAUCCUGACCUUUUUUAACGUCCUUGACCUCGUAUGGUCAGAACCAGAUGACAUUGAAGAAGAGAAAGUGCUAACCAAGUUUAACCACAUCCAGAAGCCAUAGGCCAGCCCUGCACAAUCAUCCUGGGACAUGGCACUCAGGCCAGUUGAUACUGGACGUGUGCCCAUGACGGUACGUCACCUGGAUGAUGCAGGGACUGGGACUGGAUAAUGCAGGGACUGUCACCUGGAUGAUGCAGGGACUGGGACGGUCACCUGGAUAAUGCAGGGACUGGUCACCUGGAUGAUGCAGGGACUGGGACGGUCACUUGGAUGAUGCAGGGACUGGGACGGUCACCUGGAUGAUGCAGGGACUGGUCACCUGGAUAAUGCAGGGACUGGUCACCUGGAUGAUGCCGGGACUGGGACGGUCACCUGGAUGAUGCAGGGACUGGUCACCUGGAUGAUGCAGGGACUGGGACGGUCACCUGGAUGAUGCAGGGACUGGGACUGGAUAAUGCAGGGACUGUCACCUGGAUGAUGCAGGGACUGGGACGGUCACCUGGAUAAUGCAGGGACUGGUCACCUGGAUGAUGCAGGGACUGGGACGGUCACCUGGAUAAUGCAGGGACUGUCACCUGGAUAAUGCAGGGACUGUCACCUGGAUGAUGCAGGGACUGGGACGGUCACCUGGAUGAUGCAGGGACUGGUCACCUGGAUAAUGCAGGGACUGUCACCUGGAUGAUGCAGGGACUGGGACGGUCACCUGGAUGAUGCAGGGACUGGGACGGUCACCUGGAUGAUGCAGGGACUGGGACGGUCACCUGGAUGAUGCAGGGACUGGGACGGUCACCUGGAUGAUGCAGGGACUGGGACGGUCACCUGGAUGAUGCAGGGACUGGGACGGUCACCUGGAUGAUGCAGGGACUGGGACGGUCACCUGGAUGAUGCAGGGACUGUGUGAUGCAAGGACGGCCGUUUUAUCGUCCACUUAGAACAAAAGACUGUCAAUGAGAAGAACAGCUAAAAAUAAAUGUGGUACACAUGAAUACCUUA